AUGGAUGAAUAUGAUAAAAAAAGGAGAUUAGAACAUGGAGGAUCAGAUAGAAGUAGAUCUUCGAAUGAUAAUAGAAAUUCACAUGGGUCAAGUGGUAAUAAUUAUAGAGAUGAUAGAAAAGACGAUAGAUAUUAUAGAGAUGAUAGAAGUCAUUAUAAUAAUAAUAAUAAUAAUAAUAAUAAUAAUAAUAAUAAUAAUAAUAAUAAUAAUGGAAAUGGUUAUAGGGAUGAUAGAAAUUAUAGCAGCCAAAAUAAAUAUCAAAAUCACCAUCAACAAUCACCACCACAACAACAACAACAACAACAAAACUCAUCAUAUGUACCUUCACAACCACCACAACAACAAACACAAACACAACAACAACCACAUAUACAGGCACCACCACCAGCUAAGCCUAGAAAAUCUAGAUUUGAUCAAGCACCUGAAACAAUUCCAAUUCAAGCACCACAACAACCACCAAUGAUAUCAAACCAACCAAUUUUUAAACAGCAACCAAUGUAUCAACAACCAAUGUAUCAACAAAAACAACAACAACCACAACCACCAAUAUUUCAACAACAACAAAAACAACAACAACCACCAAUAUUUCAACAUCAUCAACCACCACCAAUUUAUCAACAACCACCAGUUUAUCAACAACAACAACAACAACAACAACCAGUUUUUCAACAACAACAACAACAAAGAGUUGCAACCGAAGCAAUUCAAUUUCAACAAACUCCACAACAAUUAGCAAUUGAACAAGAGAGAUUAAAACAAGAAAGAGAGAAUGAAAAGAAAAUUGAACAAGCAAAUUUAGAAGAGGAGAUGAAAAAGAGAAGAGAAAAAGUUGAACAAUGGAGAAAACAAAAAUUGGAACAAGAAUUAAAAGCUUCAGGAAGUAGUAAUAGCGGAUCUACUUCUUCUCCACCAACAACAACAACAACAACAACAAAAACAACAGCAGCAACAACAACAGCUACAACAUCACCAUUGACAAUACCAUCACAACAACAGCAAACAGCUACAACAUCACCAAUAAAAAAGAAAUGGAGUUUAGAAGAAGAGGAAGAAACAGCUCAACCAUUAGUUAAUACAAAUAUAGAACAAAAAGAAAUAAAAUUACCACCAACUGCAAAUAUACCAGCAGCAGCAGCAACAACAACAUCAGCUACUAUAAAUACAACUACAAUAAAACAAUCAAUUGAAGAAGAUGAUGAUAUAGAUCCAUUAGAUGCAUAUAUGGAAAAUUUAAAUAAAGAAGCAAAUUUAAAUUUAAAGAAAUCAAAAACAUCACAAAUGAUUGAUGAUGAUGAGAAAUUAGAGGAGGAAUCAGAGGGUGAGGAUGAUGGUAAAGAUAAAACCAUUAAAAAAGGAAAGAAAGAGAUGUUACAUACUGAUCAUACCUCAAUAAAGUAUGCAGAAUUUCAAAAGAAUUUUUAUAUUGAAGUGCCAGUAUUGGCCAAUAUGACUGAAACAGAGGUAUUGGAUUUUCGAUCAGAAUUGGGUGUGAAAAUCACUGGUAAAGAUUGUCCAAAACCAAUUCAAUCAUGGGCACAAGCUGGGUUAACUGAAAAGGUUCAUUUACUAUUAAAGAAAUUUCAAUAUGAAAAACCAACAUCAAUUCAAGCACAAACUAUACCUGCAAUUAUGAAUGGUCGUGAUUUAAUUGGUAUUGCCAGAACUGGUUCCGGUAAAACAUUGGCAUUCCUUUUACCAAUGUUUCGUCAUAUACUGGCACAACCAAAAUCUGCACCUGGUGAAGGUAUGAUUGCAUUGAUUAUGUCACCAACUAGAGAAUUGGCACUUCAAAUUCAUGUUGAAUGUAAAAAGUUUUCAAAAGUACUUGGAUUACGUACCGCUUGUGUUUAUGGUGGUGCAAGUAUAAGUGAACAAAUAGCCGAAUUGAAAAGAGGUGCCGAUAUUGUCGUUUGCACACCAGGUCGUAUGAUCGAUAUUUUAUGUGCAAAUAAUCGACGUAUCACCAACCUAAGACGUGUAACAUUCUUGGUGUUGGAUGAAGCCGAUCGUAUGUUUGAUAUGGGUUUUGGUCCACAAAUUAAUUGUAUCGUCGAUAGUAUUAGACCCGAUCGUCAAACCAUUAUGUUCUCUGCAACUUUUCCUCCAAAAGUUGAGAAUGUCGCAAAGAAGAUCCUAAACAAACCAUUGGAAAUCAUUGCUGGUGGUAGAAGUAUAGUUUCAUCAGAUAUUGAACAAUUUGUAGAGGUACGUCCAACUGAAACUAGAUUUAGACGUUUAAUAGAAUUGCUAUCGAUUUGGUAUCAUAAAGGUCAGAUUUUAAUCUUUACCAAUCGUCAAGAGACCACCGACAAUCUAUAUCGUCAACUUUCAAACUCUCAAUAUCAAUGUCUAUCAUUACAUGGUAGUAAAGAUCAAACCGAUCGUGAUGAAACCAUUAGUGACUUUAAAAAUAAGGUUAAAACCAUUUUAAUCGCUACACCAUUGGCAUCACGUGGUUUGGAUAUCAAAGAUUUAAAUCUUGUGGUUAAUUUCGAUUGCCCUGAUCAUUUGGAAGAUUAUGUUCAUAGGGUAGGUAGAACUGGUAGAGCAGGAAAUCGUGGUACUGCUUAUACAUUUAUCACACCCGACGAAGAGAGAUUCUCUUCGUCAAUCAUUAAAGCUUUGGAACAAUCUGGUUCAAAAGUACCCGAUGAACUUAGAAAAUUGAAUGAUACCUACGAGAAAAAGAGAAAAGAAGGUAAGGAUGUACUAUUGGCACCAACCGGUUUCACUGGUAGAGGUCAUAAAUUUGAUGCUGCCGAAGAGGAUAAAAAGAAUAUUGAAAGAAAACAACAAAGAAAAGCAUAUGGUAUCGAAGAGGAAGAAGAAGAAGAGGAUGAAGAUAAAGAAAAAGCUGAAAAGGAGAAAUUGGCCGCUGCUUCCGCUGAAAAAGAAAAACAAUUAUUAUCUGAAAAAGAAAAAUUGGAUCCUGCUACCACUAAUACUAUCGUCAUACCUGGUGUAGAUGGUACAAUCAUUACACCUUCUUCAUUACUUCAAACCGAUCCUUCAGUUCCUGUGGGUCAACAGGCUAUCAAUCAAAUAUUUGGUAUUUCACAAGUUACCUCCUCCGAAGAAGCAAUUAAAAAACUUCAAUUGGCCGCUCAAUUAGGUAUGAAAGGUAAUAUUCAAAAAUUAAAUAAUCAAAUAACUCCAUUAAAUCAAACUCAUUUCAUUGAAGAAUUAGAAAUUAAUGAUUAUUCUCAACAAGCUCGUUGGAAAGUUACUCAUAAAGAUGCUUUACUUGAAAUUACCAAUUUUACAAAUACUACAAUUACAACAAAAGGUACAUUCUUUCCACCAAAUAAAAUACCAGCUCCAGGUGAAAGAAAAUUAUAUUUAUAUAUUGAAGGUCCAUCUGAUGCAUCUGUCAAAAAUGCAAAAUCUGAUAUUAAAAAGAUUCUCGACGAAGUUCAAUCAACUCAUCAAAGUACUGGAAAGUAUUCUGUAUUUUAA